UGCUCACGCAUGCGCAAUCAGAAAUUUGCGGAAGAUGACUUGUCACUGUUGUUGUGGAAGCUGACAGGCACGUGAGCUAUGCUACGUAGCUAGUCGAGUCGUGAGUGCUUGCUAGCAGGCGACAUGGCGGCUGAUACUCCUCCAAAGGUUGUAUUUGAACAUGAAGGUGUGUUCAUACAUUCAAGCAAUGACGACAGCGAUGAGCAAGACCUUCUCUCCCCAGGUUUCCUGAGAUUAAUUGACAAGGAUGGCGACAUUGUUGUGGAAUACAAACCUAUGGAAGACAGUGUGGACCCAUCCAACAUGCUGUGCGCUGGCAAGGACUCCAGCUCAGUGAUGGAGUGGGCCAGGGGUCCAGGGGAGAAGCCCCAGGUGGAACAGCAGCAGAGCUACGAGACAGAGUGGGACAUGAUCCACGCCGUCACCUUCAAGAGGAAACCCUGCACCAACGGCGACGGUGCUUUGAACCACACUAAUGGGAAGAGCAAGUACUCCUUCACCUUCAGUGUGUAUGACCUCAGGUCCAUCACCGUGAAGGAAGAGGGCUGGUCCUACCUGGUGUUCCAGCUCAAGGAGCCCUCCUCUGCCCUGCCAGCACUGCAUUUUCACCAAGGAGGCAGUAAAGGCUUCCUGGACUGUCUGAGGAGAUACACAGUGCUUAGCGAAGACCCGGAGGAUGAAGGCUGCCUGCUAGUCAGCACUCACAACAAAGCUCUCUCCCAGUCCUUUGAGAAUCUUCUAGACGAUAACAACUUCGGCCUCGUUGAUAAGCUGAAGAAGGAUCCGUACGUGACCACUCUGGGCGGCUUCUCCAAGGUCACCAACUACAUCUUCGAUGCAUUCCGUGGCUCGGAGGAGCAGCAACAGCGCCCCCCAGAGGAUGUGGCAGACCUGCUGGGAGAGGUCAUCCCAGGCCUGGAGAUCAACCAGCAGGAGGAGCCAGGCUUCGAGGUCAUUACCAGGAUCGACCUGGGUGCCAGGCCAGAUGUGCAGAGGAGGAGCCCGCUGUCAGCAGAGGAUCUGGCGGAACACCAAGAUCCAGAGGGAAGAAUUCACAACGUGCCCCACCUCAAACAAGCUAUAUUUAAGGGGGGUCUGUGCCACGCACUGAGGAAAGAGACCUGGAAGUUUCUCCUGGGGUAUUUCCCAUGGGACAGCACCCACGAGGAGAGGAAAGCCCUCCAGAAGAAGAAAACAGAUGAGUACUUCAGGAUGAAGCUGCAGUGGAAGUCGGUCAGCGAGGACCAGGAGAGAAGAAACUCCCGGCUAAGAGACUUCCGCAGUCUGAUAGAGAAAGAUGUCAACCGCACGGACCGAACAAACAGGUUCUAUGAAGGCAUAGACAACCCAGGACUUGUCCUCCUGCACGAUAUCCUGAUGACGUACUGCAUGUACGACUUUGACCUGGGUUACGUCCAGGGAAUGAGCGACCUGCUGUCUCCAGUGCUGUAUGUGAUGGAGAACGAGGUGGACGCCUUCUGGUGUUUCGUGUCCUUCAUGGAUCAGAUGCACCAGAACUUUGAGGAGCACAUGCAGGGCAUGAAGACCCAGCUCAUCCAGCUAAGCUCUCUCCUCAGACUGCUGGACGUGGCCUUCACCACCUACCUCGAGGCGCAGGAUUCAGGAUACCUGUACUUCUGUUUCCGUUGGUUACUGAUCCGCUUCAAAAGGGAGCUGAGUUUUCAGGACGUGCUUCGACUGUGGGAGGUCAUGUGGACCGGCUUGCCCUGCCAGAACUUCCAUCUGCUGGUGUGCUGCGCCAUCCUGGAUGCAGAGAAGCAGAAGAUCAUGGAGGAGAACUACGGCUUCAACGAAAUCCUCAAGCACAUUAAUGAGCUUUCAAUGAAACUGGACAUUGAAGAAAUCCUUCACAAAGCCGAGGCCAUUUGUAUGCAGAUCAGAAGCUGUAAGGAUUUGCCUCAUGCAAUAAGUGAAAUCCUGGGAUUCAACAUAGAAACAGAGAUUCCUGGGUGUGAAAUGAGAGAGUUUGGGACGCACGAGUCAUCUUCAUCUCCAAGAUCCACACAGAGACAAGAGGCCUUCUCCAAUGGCCACGGACAUUUAAGAGAACCCCCUAAGAACGGGUGCAAAGUUGCCUUCAUAUCAUAGUGAACAAUAUAACUCAGACAAAAAAGAAACUUUUCUUCUAUCCACCCAUGAGGAGAGUAGCAGGCCUCAUCUGGAGAAGCCGACAGGUCGAUGCCACGAUAUCAAGUUCUUGAGGAGAGAAAUGUAAUCGAAUGUACAAAGGAUUUAAGAUUAUUCAAAGUUUAUUAUUUUUGUAAUUUCUUGAACCAUUUUGUCUUUUUGUUGAGUCAUUACUUCUCUCUUGCUAGUGAUUUUGAUCUAUAGAUGGGCGAGGUGAGUUUGCAUUGUAAGUAAUGAUGUGCUAUUAUUCUUUAGGGAACCCUUUUAUGAAUCAUGCACACAAUGUCCAAAUCUUGUUUUUGAAUUUAAAUGUUGGUUUAACUACAUGCACAUUUGGCAGGACAUUAUAAUUGCCAUUGACAAAAUGUCAAAAAACAGCCACCAUAGUUAUAAAACCGUACAGGGAUAAUACAGUAAAAGCAAACCAUUGUCUACUCAAACUUCAGUAUUGAUGAGUUUGGUUUAUUUUUUAUUAUUCCAUGUUACAUGGAUUAAAAUAUUUUCCUUAUAUUUUAUAGACUAAAUAUUUAUUUCCUUCCUUGCAACGUAUUUUGUUUCCCUCUUGUUACUAACCAUAAUCUUUACAUUUGAUUGUCUUUGGAUUUCUGUUGUCCGUCCAUUUUUAAUACAAGCAUAAUCUUGAUCAACUUUAAAUACCCAUUUGUUUUGCUCUGAUUUAUGAACAACUUUUUUUUGUUGUUGAGUGAAUUGAUUAACAUAUAUGUAACAAUAUUCAUAAAGCUUUUCUUUCUGGAGGUAUUGAGUAGCGUUAACACGUGAAGCUAAGGGGAAGGGAAUGGUUUCUUCAGGGAAUAAAAUCAAUCAUUCAGGGUUUAUUUAAACUUA